AUGAAGGUUUUGUUCCUUUAUAACAAGUAUGUCCCUUCUGAAAAUUAUUUUGCCAUUCCUUGCGCUGGUACAGAUGAUCCAUCCUCUCUGGACCUUAUGAAAGAUCUACCUUUCCCUCUUACAUUUUACACUCUUACAACAAAACAACUUGAAGACAAUGGAUAUUGCUUCAAUCAGCCAGGUUUUCUUUCUACUCUUCCAGCCCCAUCAGGAUCAUCUCAUUAUGAAAUGUUGGCACUUGAUUGCGAGAUGUGUGUCACAAGUGAGGGUUUGGAGCUAACAAGAGCAACAUUGGUGACUAUCAAAGGAAAGGUUGUGCUAGAUAAAUUGGUUAAACCAACAAAUACUAUCAUAGAUUAUAACACCAGGUUCAGUGGAAUCACAAGUGAGAUGUUAGAUGGCGUGACUACAAGUCUUAAAGAUAUUCAGGACGAAUUUCUAAAGCUGGUUUACAAAGAGACCAUCCUAGUGGGGCAUUCCUUGGAGAAUGACUUGUAUUCCCGUGGUGGAUCUUACAAAUCUAAACUUCGGGAUCUUGCCCGGAAAUUUCUUUCUAAAGAGAUACAGCAGUCAGGGGAUGGCCAUGACAGUAUUGAAGAUGCAAGAGCUGCUAUGGAAUUGGCACUUCUAAAGAUUAGACAUGGACCUGACUUUGGCACAAGACCAUCUCUGAUACGGAAAAGACUCCUAACUGUUUUGAGUGAGAGUGGAAAGACCUCCUCUAUCAUUGAUGAUGUUUCUAUUGUGAAGCGAUAUGCUUCUGAAUUAUCCCAUGCAGUUCCCGUGUCCUCUGAUGAUGAAGCUUCUUCCAAAGCUCAAAGGAGGAAUGAUAGAGUGCAUUUUGUCUGGACUCAGUUUUCUGAAUUGAAUCGUUAUUUCAAGAAACAAGCAGAGGAUCCGGAGAAGUUAAAUGGAAAACUUGCAGAGAUGAUAUCCUUGCUUACAUGUGAUAAGAAUUCGGGAAAUAAAAAAGGUAUUAAAUGCAACUUGGCAUCUGAACUCAAGGAAAUUCUAAAGCGAGUGGAUACUAGAAUACGUACCCUCUAUGCUGCAUUACCCACUAAUGCCAUGAUUAUUGUCUGCACCGGUCAUGGAGAUAUAGCAACUGUCUAUAGAUUAAGGAAAUUGCUUUUGGAUCGUAGUGAAACCACAAUGUGCCGCGAGAGUGUUGUAAAGGUAUUGGAAGAGCUCCAAGCCCAAGCUGAGUGUCCACAAGAGCAAGACUGUUCCGUAUCUUACAAAGUUCAAGCAGCUUCUUGUCGGAAUGAUUUUUUUAUGAGGCUCGGACAACUACCAAAAUCCCUAUGGAAUAUCAGAAGUCGGCAAAGUUAUGAAGGAAAAUCUGGAAUGAAAACAGGUUCUCUUAAAAGAGGGGACGAGAAAGUGCUGGAAAAGUUGAAGGGGUAG